CUAAGUUUGAUAAGUUACUUCGGACAUGUGCUUGGUUGUUUAAUGAACACGUGGUUUUUGUGGACUUCUUGCUGAAUAUAAAUAUGUUGAAGAAAAAAAGAGAAUUUUCGUCGGCGGGAGUUUUUUGCUUUGUGGUUGGAGUGUUGACAAGUGUCACAUGUGAUAAACUCGAUCGCAGGACACUGGCAUUCAUUCAUGAACCCCCUGAACACGUAGAAUUUUACAACACAACUGGAGCUGUCAUUCCGUGCACUGCAAGGGGUGAUCCUCCCCCAACCUUACGUUGGGAAACAAGGGACGGUAACCCGGUCAAAGAUGUUCCGGGACUGAGACACAUUCGGCCAGACGGAUCUCUUGUCUUCCCCCCUUUCCAUGCGGACAAUUACCGCCAAGAUGUCCAUGCUUCUGUUUACAGGUGCACCGCAGCAAGCACAGCUGGUGUCAUUGGAUCAAGAGAUGUUCACGUGAGGGGAAUGGUUAAACAGCCUUACAAGAUCCAAGUUUUCGAUGAAUAUACAGUUACUGGGAACACGGCUGUGAUGCGAUGCAGUAUUCCAAGCUUCAUGAAAGACUAUGUUGCUGUAACGUCAUGGGUUCGAGAUGAUUCUAGAACUAUUGUAGCAUCUCCCGAAAGAGGUGGACGUUACAGUAUAUUCCCUACUGGGGAACUACACAUUAGAGGCGCAAGUAUCGAAGAUGGCUUUAAGAGUUACCGAUGUGUAACAAGAAAUCGUCUUACAGGAGAAGUGGCCCCAAGCACAGCGGCUGGAAAGCUUUUUGUAACAGAUGCUCGAAGCAGCGUAUCUCCCAGAAUCACUCACAGUCAGCCAAAAAUAGAAACCGAAGUGGGCCAUACAGUGGAGCUCCCCUGUGCUGCACAAGGGUAUCCUUUGCCGAAAUAUUCAUGGUACAGAUUACGUGAUGGACCAUCUCAUGGUAUUAAAAGAGUAGACACUUCUCAUCAAAGGAUUUUAGAGCUCAAUGGGACUCUUUUAAUAAGAAAAGCAACUAUUCAAGAUGGUGGGAAAUACAUAUGUAUUGUGAAUAAUACUAAUGGACAAGAAAGAGCAGAAACGGAGCUUUUGAUAAGAGAUAGACUCCAUGUAAAGGCAGUUCCACCCGCUCAGACAGUAGAUGUUGGAAAAACUGCUAUAUUCACGUGCAAUGCGUCGGGUCACCCGAUACAUAUAAUCAGUUGGAGGAAAGACAUGAUUCCUGUGCUUUCAUCCAGACGAAUCUCCGUAUCCAGGGAAGAACUACGCAUUAGUCCCGUAGAAAGAGAGGACAAAGGAAUGUAUCAAUGCUUCGUAUAUAACGAUAAAGAAUCAGCACAGGAUGCUGCCCAACUUCUUUUAGGGGACGUGGCACCAGUUCUGAAACACACUUUCGAACCAGCAAAAGUUGAACCAGGUAGUUCUCUAUCUCUAAAAUGCAUCGCUUCUGGAAAUCCCCUACCCCAAGUCACAUGGACUUUGGACGAUCUGCCCAUUCCAGACCACAUGCGAUUCUCCGUGGGAGAUUAUGUCACUUCCAAAGCAGAGGUUGUGAGCUUUGUGAACAUAAGUACUCUACGUGUAGAAGAUGGAGGCAUGUAUAGAUGUAUGGCUACUAAUGAGAUUGGUUCACUCAGUCAUUCUGCAAAAAUCAACGUAAUCGGACCCCCAUUCGUCAGAAUAAUGAAGGACAUAGCAGCAGUCGAAGGCGAUGUUUUGCACGUUAGAUGUCCAGUCGCAGGAUAUCCAGUCGAAGAAGUUUAUUGGGAGAAAAAUGGCCGACGUAUUCCUUAUAACCACCGUCAGAGAGGAUUCAAAAAUGGUACUUUAAUUAUUCGAGAAAUUGACAGAAGAAGUGAUGGUGGAGAAUAUAAAUGCAUUGCAAGGAACAGUCAAGGUCAACGUGGUGAAAGGACCUUAAAUAUCAGAGUUCUCACUCCUCCGGUUAUAGAGCCCUUUCACAUCCCAGAUGCCAUUGAAGAAGGCGCCAGAUCGAAACUCUUGUGUUCUGUUACUAAGGGAGAUCCACCAAUAACCAUCCAAUGGCUGAAAGAUGGCAAAACUCUGCCACACGAUCUCGAAGUAACGGAAACAAUACUGGAUGAGUUCUCUAAGGCAUUGGUUUUCCCUAGAGUUGAAUUAAGACACAGAGGAAAUUAUACCUGCAGCGCAAGGAAUAUGGCGGCUUCGGCAACUUUUACGGCUUCAAUGGUAAUCCAUGCUCCUCCCAGGUGGACCACAGAACCUCCUCAUACAGAAGCAGUUUUAGGCUCUGAUGUUAUACUCAACUGUGUGGCAGACGGAUUCCCAAAACCACAAAUUCUAUGGAAAAGAGCGGAAGACACUUUGCAAAGUGAUUAUAACACCCUUCUUACUGAUGCACAUAUCCACACAUUACCCAACGGCUCUCUAUCAAUUCGCAAUGUUGAGAAAACUGAUGAAGGAUUUUAUAUGUGCCAAGCAACCAAUGGUAUUGGAUCUGGGAUUAGUACUGUUAUUUCGUUAAAUGUCCGAGUACCGGCCCACUUUAAAGAGGAGUUUAUGGCAGAAACAGUGCGCCGAGGAGAAAAGGUUGUUGUCAAGUGCCAAGCGUUUGGAGAUAGGCCCAUCACUAUCACUUGGAAAAAAGAUGGUCAGCUUUUAGAUAAACAAGCUGAAAAAAAGUAUACAAUCGACGAAACCAUGACUGAUGAAGGCAUUACAUCCGAGGUUCACAUUCAAUCCGCUGAUAGAAGAGAUUCAUCUCUUUUCACUUGCGUAGCAGAGAAUUCAUUCGGAAAAGACGAAAUGAAUAUCCAAAUUAUCGUCCAAGAAAAGCCUGACAAGCCUUUCAAAUUGACUGCUCACGAAAGCACAAGCAGGACAAUAUCAUUGACGUGGUCACCACCUUAUUCUGGAAACAGCCCCAUUUCUCAGUACACAAUACAAUACAAGCCAAGUUCAGGUAGUUGGAAAGAGGAUUCAAAAGAGCUAACAGCUUCCGGUGCUGAUAACAAAGCUGUGAUAUCUGGUCUAUCUCCUUCCACUACCUAUCAUUUCCGAGUAAUGGCUGAAAAUUCAUUUGGCAAAAGUGAUUACAGCUCCUAUGUUUCUGCUACAACUGACUUAGAAGUUCCUGGGGGUCCACCAUUAGACGUUCAAGCUGAAGCUAUUGGAUCACAAACUCUUCGAGUUACGUGGCAGCCUCCAGCACCAACAUUACAAAAUGGUCCCCUAGCAGGAUACUACGUAGGUUACAAAAUCCAUGGAUCGUCUAAACCAUACACUUACAAAACGUUAGAAAUUACGGACGCCUUCAGAAACGAGUGCCUCAUUACCAACCUGAAACGUGUUACAACGUAUAGUGUCAUUGUCCAAGCUUUCAAUAGACGAGGUGCGGGGCCACCAUCGGAUGAGAUCAAGGUUAAGACUAAAGAUAAUGAUCCUCCAACGAAUCCUAUUAUGAAUGUCAUGACAACAACACACACAAGCAUUCAAGUUCAGUGGGAAAUACGGUCAUCCAGUUCAAGCCCAAUUGAGGGAUUCCAUUUGCAUUAUAAACGGGAGCUUGGUGGUUGGCAGGAAAUUCAAGUGCCUAGCAACAAACGAGAACACACAUUCGAAAAUUUGCAAUGCGGUACUCGGUAUCAUUUUUACAUGACGGCAUUUAACGAAGUCGGGGAAGGUCUUCCGAGUGACGCUGUGACAGCCAAGACACUGGGGGUAGCUCCCAUUGCGCCAAGUCAGAGCUCUUUCUUGCGAGCCAAUGCAACCCAUGCUGUAUUAUAUUUAAGCAAAUGGAACGACGGAGGCUGCGUUAUCACUUUCUUCGUCAUACAAUACAGAAUGGAAGCCGAAAAAGACUGGAUAUUGGUGUCAGAUCACGUGCUCAUGCAGGCGGAGCCUUUCGAGAUAGAUGGGUUGAACCCGGGAACUUGGUACCGCCUUCAUAUUAUGGCUCGAAACGAUGCAGGACCAACUCAAGCAGAAUAUAGUUUCAGCACAAGUGUUCUAAAUGACGGGGGAAAUUCUUUGCCUCCUGUCAUUAAAAGACCAGCUCCUUUCUACACGAACUUGGCGAUAGUUGCACCAGUUGUUGUGACAGUCAUCAUCUUGAUAUCAGUUUUAAUUGUAGUUUGUGCGCUCAGUAGACGCAGAAGAAACGGAGAUAGACAAUAUGAAGACACACAAAGUGUGAGAAAGGAAAUGAAUCCGGAAGCAGUUCAAAUGUCAGAAUAUGAAGUGAAGCAGGACGGGACGUACGUUCAAGCUAAAGAUUCCUCUUUGUAUUUUCCUUCCCCUUAUGCGACGAGUAGAGUGCCAGUAUUUUCAUUGGAUGAGAGGAGCUCUGGAGAAAGUAGUACUGACGGUAGAUCUACAUUGCAUGAUAUAGAAAGACCAUACGAUGUUCCAUUUGCCGUCAAACAGUCCAGUAAUACAAAGCACAUGAAAGGUGGAAAAGCUCUUUCUCAAUCUGAGGUUGAACACAUGUACAGUUUUCCAAAUCGUCCUUCCAGUGGGCAUCAUCAGUCAACAGGAUCUCAUCGGAAGGAAUCUAUGUCUGGUCGGCGCUGGUCAGCGGAUGUUGAUGAUGAAUAUAUUCCAGGAAAUAAUGACUCGAGACCCAGAUCGACUGCGAUUUCAUCCAACAGAUGGCAGUGCGGUACCAAACAAGGUGCUCCCUAUGCUAAAACAUGUGGGGAUGGGUAUGAGGAUGAUGAGUGUGGAAGCCCCUUUCAUUUAUCCGGAGCACGUGAGUUAGCGGAGAGCAGCGACGCCGAGUGCGACAGGGACCAGAUUUUAUACGUCCACACUGACGCAGGUUCCUUUAUAAGCUCGAAAUUGCCGUACCAUAUCGCCUUGGGAAAGCAGGUUAUUUUCCCAACGAGAGCUAGGGUUGAAGCUUGAAAGAUCAUCAUUUGGAACUGAUCAUCUGAUGAUCACCACAAGGUAUUUGUUUCAUCGACAUUUCUGAUGAUGUUCUUCGAUGAAAACAAACCUGAUGCAUCCAGAACAAAAGAAACAUUCUGUUCUUCACACAUGUUCAUAUUUUAUAAUUAAUAUGUGAAUUUUAUGUCUGUAUAGUGAGAGAGAUGUUUCUGCUCUUCAGAAAUAUUUAAUGAAUGCAUGGUGAUAUUUGGUGUAUUGUUUAUCAAGAGAUAUAUGUGAUAUGAAAUGGAAAAACGCGGAUAUUUAAAGUGCACAGUUGAAGUAGAUAACUAUAUACUUUAAAUGUUUUAAUAUCAAAUGGUCAUUGUAAGUCGCUGAAUAUGUCAAUCAUUAUGUGUGUGAAAAUGUUAGAAUUUAUAAGAAAAAAAAUAAA